CGAAAUACGAACAAAGCGAGGGAAUGAGCGUUGUUCGGCCGCAAUCGCAUCGAAUCAAACACAGAAUUGCUGGUUGAAAGUGCGGUCGGAAUCCUGGCAUUAGCUACUUUUGUCUAGUCCGUGUCGUUAGGGGAAGAUUGUUUAGCGGUGGGAGAGUCUCGUGCUUGUUUACCUACUGAUGCUUCGUCGCCAAGGAGGUUGCGGUUGAAUCCUUGUGGAAGAAGCUAGAACUGGUUUCAGGUUUUUUGCCCAAGCCCCGCAUCAAAUUUCAUUAGCUCUAGUCACGGCAAUAGAGCUGUCCAAGAUUUUGUCCAUUACACGAAGGCUCCCGCCCAUACAGAUUUUUCGGAAGUACUGCAGUGGCUGAAGCUUCAGUAUUCCAAUAAGAUGUUGGCGCGAGCAAAAAAACUAGACAGGAACAGUAUGACGAGGUGGCAGGUAGUUCAAUGAACUCUCAAGAAACGAGCACGAUGGAGAACACUUUAAGCACAACUAGGAGCGAGGAGCGGUGGUUCCCAUAUGGCGAUUGUUUCAAGCUUGACGACGAGAAGACUGUGACAAGUUCUGAAUUGAUCUCAAUGCUGUCUCCUUUUAUAUCAGAUGAACGCAAGCAAAGAAUUGAGCGAGUUGUUGCAAACCGCACAUAUUCUGUAUGCAUUGCGGUUGAGGGGCUUUUGGAGCUUGGCAACAUCUCCGCUGUCUUCCGCUCAGCUGACGCUCUGGGAUUUCAAUCUGUUCACGUUAUAAGCACCGAGACCAAGAAGCGAUACAAGAAGAACCGGAAAGUGAGUAGGGGCUCAGAGACGUGGUUGGAUGCAGAGAUGUGGGAGAACUCAAGUGAUUGCAUUGCCACUUUACGGAAACGGGGUUAUCGUAUUGCCGUCACACAUAUCGCCCCUAAUACGGUAUCUAUUCAAGACAUGGACUGGACCAUACCAACGGCUGUUAUCUUCGGUAAUGAGUAUAAGGGUGCAAGCGAGGAAGCAGUCAAACAAUCUGACAUCCGGUGUUGCAUUCCUAUGGGGGGCAUGGUGGAGUCUUUCAAUGUCUCAGUUGCUGCCGGAAUAAUAAUGCAUCAUGCUGCCCACGACAGAAUUAUCCGCUCUGGAACGCAUGGAGACAUACCACCGCAACACAGAAAAAUAUUGGAAGCUGAAUUUUACAUGCGGCACAAUAAUUACAAAGCUAUUCCUAUUACAGACCGUCUACUUGGGAAGAAGCCGAAAGCUUCAGAUAACCUAUCGACGCGAAUAUUCAGUGACGAGUUUCUGGCUAGUCUCGAAGAUGACGAAGAUCCAGAAAACUCUGAAGAGUAAAGACGUCGGAAUGCUUCUGCUGCAUGCUUCUAUAUUCCCAUUGCCUACUGGCGACUAUUCUGUAAACUUAGUACCAAGCGCAGUCGUACAGUUACUUCCUAGGUUCUUUGUGAGUAAGCAGCUUACUGCAACAGUACAUACCAGAAUCCCCAUAGUGAACACCUUCAUUUGAAGAGCAAAUGGGUGCACGUGUACUGCCGCAGCAGUCUCUUCUUUCUCAGAAAAUAUUAGAACCGAUGUUGUGGACAAGGUAGUAUAUCAUCAACGUUCCAUUGUAGGUCUUCCUUAUCCCAAACCACACUAUAUCCGAUUCAUUGAUUUUUUUCGGCAAAUCGGUUUUAGAGUAGAACCAAUAGAAUAUUGAUUCACUCUAAAUAAGCUCUUCGGCCUACACACAAAACUGUAUCCUACACUGAGAAGUAAAACCCUGUCAGCUAAUUCCAAA